AGUGCACUUGUACAGGCGGAGCUGCACUACCACGGUAGCGCUGCAAAGGAAAUGGAUCUGUAGCUCUCUGCUUGGUCUCUUUUUAUAAGGGCUUUUUAAUAUGUUUUGCAUACCUACGUAGAAGCAUGGGGUUUUUGAUAGGGAAGAGCUGAGCUGAUUGGGGUCAGGUGUGCUUAUGCAGUGUGGUAGAACUUCCAUGGACAGCUUGUAUUUGUGGAAAUUUUCUCAGAUUCUUUCACUGCUAAAAUCAUCGCUACCUAAGAUGCAUCCAGACCUGUCUCCUCAUCUGCACACUGAAGAAUGUAACCUCAUUAUCAGUCUGCUCAAGAAAUGUCACAAGGAGCACAACGUUCUGAAGUUUUUUGGCCAUUGCAAUGAUAUUGACCGUGAGAUGCGGAAGUGCUUAAAGAAAGAGUAUGAAGAAAAAAGGGCCAGGAACCAGGAGGUGCGUCGGAAAAUAAUUAAUGCUCACAAAAACUUUGAGAAGUGAGCUAUACCAUAGCUGGACAAUUGCAUCUUGAUAGGGAGCCUCACCUGAAAGCUGAUGGAGUAUCUCUUUCAGAUCACCAACCUUUAACCUGUGGUUUGUGAAAUGGUGGAAAAAUAAAUAUACCUAAAACAUACUAAUUCCCAGGAAAGGUAAACUGAAUGUGGAAAAAAUAAAAUGAUUGCUCACAAGUUAAUUUUUUGGCCUUGAAAAGACACCUGUUGUGACAACUCUUCAUUCUGUCAUAGUUUUGUUAUGACUGUUAAGUAAUGAUGCAUCGAUGUUUGUGGAGUAUUAGGCAUUCAAAGCUGCUACAUUCUCAAUCUUGUGUUGAGUUGCAUUUGCUCCUUCAUAGUUAGUAGUUUCUCUUUCAUAUUUUUUCCUUGCAAAAUGCUGAAUGAUUUAUCACGACACUAUGAAGAGUGAACGAAAACACUGUUUAAAUGAAUUACUAGAAAUGAAUUUCAAACCAGUGUGGCUUGAAAUUGAAGCUGGCCUAUCAAGCAAUUAGUGGAGUUCCAGUAUUUUUGUUGAAGCCGAAAUGAAACCACCAUUUUCCACUGAGAAUGUUUACAAUUCUUCCUGCCAACUGCAAGUACAGAAUAGACUGCUGUGAGUUAAUUUGUUCAUCAUACGUGGUGCGAGUUGCUUUAGAAACUGAGAAUGGAACUUUUUCAGGGAUUCUAAAGCGCUGCCUUGAUUUUUACUGAGUACAAUCAGAGUCUGCUGAGUGCUGCCAAAAAUACAAGCUAAGUAGUUCAUCUACGUACACUAGUACAAAAGGGAUGUCAAGUCACGAUUAUUGCUGGUGAAGAAAAACUUGGGUUAGAAAAUAUAACUUGCCUUUCAGUUAUGCAAAUCAAUGAGCAGUGUGCUCGUCAAGCUGCUCAUUAGCUACAGGUGUUCGUUUGCUAGCAAACUGCAGAAAGUCCUGAGCAAGUUUCUGAAUGCCAAAGAUUUGAUAUGAGGAUGCUCUGUUGGUUUAUGCAGUGAUGGAGCUGCUUUGCUGAAUGUCUCCUGGAUUCCCCUUAUUUUUUUUAAAUGACUUUCCUGUUUUGCCUAGCAAAAAAGACUACUUAAAUAAAAUUUAUUGAGCUAAAUGUAAUAAAUCUCUUGAAGCCUUCUGAGGAAAUAGUGCCUACUCAAUGAAUUCUAUGCUUUGUGUAUUAAUGCUAGUUCUUGUAACAGUCUUAAAUUUAGUUCUUGCAUGUGUUUUGGAACAAAGCUGUAUUUUGAAAGAUUAGUCAGAAGUAUUUGACUUGUUUUUCAGUACCUGGAUGGACCCAGUUAAGUUGGUAAAGCUUGACCACAAAGGUAUCCACGUAGGUGAGAGUUCCAAGAAAAACUGAAACUACUACUGCUGCAUGUUUUGAUGUGCUCUCUACUUAGGAUAAAUAAAUGAUGUGUUAUGUGAA